AUGACUUCUGAAACGUCCCCCCCUUUCUUGGAUACUCAUCCAGGGCUUGAUCACGACUGGAAGAUCACCCUGAAAGACAAAGUGAUCGCUAUAACUGGCGCCAACCGGGGAAUCGGACUAGCCCUUGCACAAGUGUGCCUAGCCAACGACGCAGCUGCCGUCUUCAGCUUGGACGUCUUCGAGCCCGGCGAAGAAUUCGGAUCGCUACAAAUGGCCAACCCCAAACGUCUAUCCUAUAUCCACUGCGAUGUGACCUCCGAGGAGAGUGUAAGCUCCGCAAUCGAUGCCGUCAUCACAGCCCGCGGAGCCAUCCACGGCUUCAUCGCCAAUGCCGGCAUGACGAAGCACCAACCAGCCCUCGACUUCAGUCGGGCCCAACUCGACCAACUCUUCAAUCUCAACGUGUUCGGCGCCUACUCCUGCGCAACGACCGUCGCCCGCCGCUUCAUCGAUCUCGGCAUCAAGGGAUCCAUCGUCUUCACGGCUUCCAUGACUUCUUAUCGCCCGAACCGCGCGGCGCCUUCGGCGCCCUACGGCGCUACUAAGGCUGCCGUGCGCAAUAUGACACAUACGCUGGCCAUGGAGUGGGCACGACAUGGCAUUCGUGUCAACUCCAUCUCGCCGGGCUUUAUUAAGACCGCCAUGACGUACUUUGUGGACCAGGCGCCGGACUGGGAUCUCAAGAUGCAGUAUUACGGUGGUAUGCCGAGAUUGGCAGACCCUAAGGAACUAGGCGGUGCUUAUGUCUAUUUGCUUUCUGAUGGUGCUUCGUACACGACUGGUAUUGAUAUUCCGGUUGCUGGUAUUGUGGGGGCGUGGUAA